CUAAAUACUGAAUGAGCAAAAUAUAGCAAAAAGUUUGAAGCAGCAAAUAUCGCUAACCAACAAAAAAUUUAUUUCAGCUGAAAUGGUGAUGUGCUAGAGAUGCGCACAAAUAUGCAAAUUAGUGAAAAAACGAACAAAAUAAUUUGGAAAUAAUUAAAAAUCGUAAAUAUAUCAUGUUACAAAUGGAAAAUGAAAACCGAAAAUGCCGUGAAGUUUUUUGCAACGAAGUUAUGCUGUGGUGGCAUUAAAAAGCGGAAUGCGUUCAAGUGUAAUUUAUAAAAAGAAUUAGAUUAAUGGUGUGAUUUGCGAAAAAAUGUGAAUUUUUUCAGAUCAGAUAGAUAUCAAAUUCCAAGCCACUCAUUAUGAGUUAUUUCGAAAAAAACACCAAGCUAAAUUAUUUUAAUGACCGUUAGUUAACCGUAACGGAAUGUAAUGAAAUAAAGAAAAUAUGAGUUUGAAAAAAUAUGCUCAUUACAUACAGAUAUCAACCACUUCCAACACAUAUCAAAACGACAUAAUCAGCAGCAAGCGACCUAACACAACAAGCCCGUUAUACCAGUAAACAUAUCAACUUGUAACCGGGUCGCGUGCUCAAGUAACAAAAAAUUUAACAAAAUUAGAAAAAAAUAAUAACUUCCUAGCCCAAAAUUAGUUGGCUUGUAUUGCAUCUGGAGCGAGCGAGAGCAGUCAACGACGCCCAGCUGUUAAAAUGUUCAUAAUUACGGUCAUUAAGUUGCUGCUAAUUGCGCUGAACCUCUUUCCCAGCCGCUGGACAAACCGGAAAGUGAUGUUCCUCAUCUAUCUAACAAAUCUGGUGACACAUGUGAUGAUGGAUGAGCCACGUUUCGCGCAGCCGAUACCGAAUGUAACAGUUGCUGUUGGCCGAGACGCCAAUUUGCCAUGCGUUGUUGAGCACUUGGGUGGCUAUAAGGUCGCCUGGAUACACAUCGAUCGCCAAAUGAUACUUACAAUACACAAGCACGUCAUCUCACGCAUACCACGCUAUACCAUUACCUAUGAUAAUGCCAACACAUGGCUGUUGCAUGUGAAUCAGGCGCAUCAAGAUGAUCGUGGCUAUUAUAUGUGCCAAGUAAAUACGAAUCCUAUGAUAAGCCAAGUGGGUUACUUGCAGGUUGUGGUACCACCGAAUAUCUUAGACAUCGAAAGCACGCCCUCAUCUGUGGCUGUGCGUGAAAAUCAAAACAUCAAUAUGACUUGCCGUGCUGAUGGCUUUCCAACACCGAAAAUAAUUUGGCGUCGCGAAGAUGGCGAGGAAAUUGCCGUCGAAAAGAAGAAGAAAGUUUUGGUCUACGAUGGCGAGGUGCUGCCACUGACAAAAGUUAGUCGCAAUGAAAUGGGCGCUUAUUUAUGCAUAGCCACCAAUGGUGUACCGCCCUCGGUGUCUAAAAGGAUUAUACUGGAUGUUGAAUUUUCUCCAAUGAUUUGGGUACCAAAUCAAUUGGUUGGCGCGCCAGCUGGCACCGAUGUUACAAUUGACUGUCAUACGGAGGCACAUCCUAAGGCAAUAAUUUAUUGGGUAUAUAAUUCAGUCAUGGUGCUGCCAAGUAAAAAGUAUAAAACGGACUACACGGAGAAUUCCUACCGCGCUCACAUGAAGCUGACAAUAAGAAAUUUACAAUAUGGUGACUUUGGCAACUAUCGAUGCAUAUCUAAGAACUCGCUCGGCGAAACGGAAGGAUCCAUACGUGUUUACGAAAUUCCACUGCCAUCGACGCCCUCAAAGCAAGUCACACAUACCACAAUUGAAACGAGGGAAAACAACAUCAUACCCACACGCAAUGACUCCAUAAAUGCUAUACAAAAGGAUAUAUCCUUGAUGAAAGCGGAUUUGCUGGGUAGUGGCGCAUCCUCGGCUUCCUCCUCGCAUUCCGCCACCGCAUCUAUUACGGGAGGAAAUGGAAAUAGUCUGUCGGCCCUGGGCGGCUCCGGCAUAAAUGCCGUCGAUCGCAAGGGUACGUUGGCUAUUGGCAAAAGUAUGUACUAUACGGAGCAGCCACCCAAGCAGUUAGAUGGCUCAGCGGCUGGCGCCUUACACAAAUCACCAAGCAUUUUCUAUUUGUGUAGAUUUGCGUUAAUAUUCUUAUUAUUAAGAAAUCAAUCAUAAAAUUUAUGGUCUUAUGGCCAUUUAAAUAAUUAACAAAAUAUAACGAAUGAAAAUAUGAAACCUUAGAUAUAAAGUAAUUGUAAAAUAUGACACAUUAAAGAAUUGCUAUUAAUUUAGAAAUUAAAAAAAGAAUCAAGAGUUGGCUAUGAUAUAAUUUAAUUAAACACGUUAAAAUUAUAUAAUUAUAUUUUUGUGACCACAGUUUGUGCUAUUUGAGCAGAGUACAGAGAAAAUUAUAUUGAGCUAUUAUGUAAAGAGUUGCAUUUUCAAUACUUUCCAAGACUCUGAAAAUAUACCUUUCUGUGUUUUUAAUACGCUACAUUACUUUGAAUUCUCUUUUCGAUGGUCCGAAAAUGAUUUAUGGAAUUAAAACUCAAAAAUAGUAUUCACUUCUAUAAAAAAAUGAUACUUUCCAUUCGCCCUGGGUAUCUUGACCAAUAACGCAUAGUUUUCUUAUUGACGAAGCUUUUCAGCCAGAAAUGAGCCUCAUCGCUGAAGAUGAUCUGUCGAUGAAAAUCCGGAUCAUUUUCAAGUUGUUGCUUAGCCCAAUUCACAAACAUACGGCGAUUCAUGGUGGUCAUUCAUUCAUGGUGAUCAUGCGGUUUCAGUUCUUGCAUCUAUUUGAUCUUGUAAGGAUGUAGGUCAAGGUCCCAACGCUUGAGAACAACGUGCGAGAGAUUUGGGUUUUCCUCAAUUGAUGCGCUAUCGACAGCAAUAUUCUCGACACAACGGACAUUUCUUUGCCUCACUGGCACAGGAACAUUUUGUACUGUACCAGUUGAUUCAAAAUUUUUGCUCAGCUAACAGGACGAUUAUGACGACCAUAAAUUGGACGUAGCGCUCUUAAAGUUGAGGCGACUGACUCCGAAUUUCGGAGAAACUACUAAAGAGAAAUGUCAGAAGAAGAUCGGUCUAUUUUUGUAGCGUUGUUUUGAAAAAUUCCGUUAUUUUCUCUAAACUUUUCUAUAAACUCAAGUAUUUAAAGCGUGACAAAGUAAAGGAUGAUAUAUUAAAUUUUCAAAGUGGAAGGUCAUUGUUUCAAGUGCAUUGGUAAAAAAUAUCCGAAGCUUCGUAUGUAAAAGCUGAAAGUUGAAAUAUUUGAAUAACGAAAGGAUGACCAAGGUUAUGAAUGUUCUGACAAUUGAAACUUAAAGAAUUCUGGUUAAAUUUUCGGGUAGUUUUGGGAAAUUAUAGUAAAGAAGUGAGAGAGCGUUUUCAUCAGGAACUAAAAGUGAUGGAAGAAAAGUAUUAAGGUUGAUGAGAUCAUUAUACGAUGCAAAAAUAUAGCUCAUCUUUAAAAUACACCUGAACCUUAAAAAGAGAUUUUCAACACAAUGAGGUAAAGAUUUGAAAAAAGAGCGACAAUUUUACAAAACGAUUCACAGUUUCAUGAUUUGUACGCCCAAAUUUGUGCAUCCAGAAUCGAUGUUACAUCUAGGGCAACUAAACCACUGUAUAACCGUGUUAUUUGUUCUACCAAUUUUUUCUUCAAUUUUACAAUAAUUCUAUCCCAUGCUGUCUUCUCACGAAUUCACUUAUCGCAUAAUGUGCAAACAGGACGAAGAACAGAAAAGAAUUUGUCUUUAAAAUUUCACUCAAAGGUAAUUAUAAAAUUAAAGUAUUUACCAUUUUGUAAAUAUUUUUAUUAAUUAAGUCAAAUACAUGACCAAUCUUAGUUUAAAAACUUGGCAAAAAAUAAUUUGAGCGCAGAUUUCAAAUACUAGAUUAAAAUAUAUGGGCCGCAAGAAAAUGUAUAACUUCACUGAUAAUAUAAUAAUAUUUUGGUAAAAUCAGAUAUUAAUAAAUUCCCAAAAAAGUCUGACUAAACCGUUUCAAAUGUUCAUUAAUAUCGUUCAACGAGUUCUGCUCUCUGAUGAUUUUCGCUUUACUCAACUCACUCACAACAAAUAGUCACAAGGCGUGGCAAAAACUAAUUUGCUCAGUAUUUGAAAAUGUUAAGCGAAAUUAUAAUCAUAAGCCGCUUAAUUUCAUAAAGUUUUUUGGAAUACAUAUAUUUAUCAAGUUAAUAAGAUAUUCUGUAUAUAGACUUUGAAAAAGCAUACAUGUUACUAGCAUAUACCAUAUAGUAAAUAUAAGUAUGUUUGUAUGUAAGCAAAGCUUAUCAGUUAAAUUUAUUGUAUACGCCUAAGUAUUUAUAAAUAAACUAUAUGUAUGUAUGGGUGUAAUAUAUUAUAUAAGUUAUAAAAUAUAGCGCAUAUACAUUGAUAAGCAUAUACUUUACAUAAGCAUUUAUGAAUACAUACUUACAUAAAUGUUUGAUUCCAACAGAAAAGUCAAUAACGGAAUCGCAAGCUUUGUUUUUGGCAGCGCGGGUACUUAUAUAAGUAAGACUGUUAGAUAUGUAUAUAGUUAUAUAAAAUAUAUAAAUUUUUUGUU